AUGACCGAAGAGCGGUAUGCCGAAAUCGAGCUGCUGCAGCGGUACAGGAGGGACCGCCGUUUGCUCCUCGAGUAUCUUUGCGAGGCCUCCAGUCUCAAGAAGGUUGUGAUGCCGCUGGGGGCUGUGACUCUGGCGGACGUUGAUUUGGACAAUGUUAGCGUGAAUUACGUUCUGGAGGCCUGCAAGUCCCGGGGCACCCUGGACCUUACAGAAGCAGUCAAGCAGCAUUUCAAGGAGCUGUCCAUGGCGCCGAGCUUUGGGGCUGGAGAUAGUGAGAUUUUCCUGCUCGCCACCAACCCCAAGCACUCAGGAGGGCCCCCCUCGAGACCUGCCCCAGAAAAGCCUGGGCCGUCUUAUGCUCAUCUGGGAGGAGCGGCCUCACGCUCAGUUCCUGGAACUCCAUCGAGGUCCUCCUCGUUGAAAGGAAAGGCGUCCCCACUGCGGCCACUCACUCCUGCAGAGGCUUACGAGGACGGCGUGGAAGAGUUUGAUGACCUGGACGAUGAGCCGCUUGCUAAGAAGCAAUUUGCAGAUAACAAGGAGCUAGUGCUCCCUCUGCCAGCAUUUGAAACGGGGUUAAGCGACGAUGACAUUCGGGAGACGGCUUAUGAGGUGCUUCUUACUGCGGUUGGCGAUACUGGAGCGUUGCAGCCACCCCCCAAGGUGGUGGAGGAGAAGAAGAAGAAGACGCUCCUGAGGCGUAAUACAUCAAAGAACAGGAGCAAAACGGCAGUGCCAGAGCCGGUGCAGGCUCAUGGCCUCACCGGUUUGCUUGAGAUAAUUCGGGGACAGAUGGAGAUUGCGGACAAUGCGGAUCGCCGCACCAAAGACGCCCUCCUGAGAGCGGCAGCUGAUAGGCAGGGGCGCCGCAUCAACACCCUGCUAGUUCCUCUGGAGCUGCUCGCCAAUGUGCCCCCAUCAGAGUUUGCAAGCAAGCGGGAUUACAUGCGGUGGGAGAAGCGACAGCUGAACAUCUUGGUCGAGGGCCUGGUGAACCAGCCUGCGGUCAAACUGAGCCCCUCCAACGAGCAGCUUGGAGUCAAGCUCAGACAGAUUGUGGCCCGUGUAGAGGAGGCUCAGAUGCUGCCGGGCCCCAAUGGCCCGAGCCAGCACAUGGAGGCGCUGCGCGACCUGCGCGCGGUGGCUACGGCCCUGGCGGAGCGCAGCAACCGCGGCGAGAGCAGCGAUGAGGUCAUCCACUGGGCGGAUGGGUACCCGCUGAGCGUGCGCCUGUAUGAGGCGCUGCUGUUUAACAUCUUCGACAUGUUCGACCCCUCCCAGCUCAUCGAGGAGAUCGACGAGGUGCUGGAGCUGCUGCAGUCGACGUGGCGCAUCCUGGGGGUGACACGUGCAGUGCACGACGUGUGCCUGGCGUGGGUGCUCUUCAAGCAGUUUGUGGUCACCGGCAACUCGGACCUGCUGAGCACGGUCGCCAGCCACCUCAAGAAGAUGGUCAGCGAUGGCGGGCAGAGCGCGCAGGAGCGAGCGUACAUGCAGCUGAUGCGGACGGUCUCCGGGGAGGGGGGCAAGAGCUACUCGUACGUCCAGUCUGUCCUGGACCCCAUCAAGCAGUGGGCCGACCGCCGCCUCAACGACUACCAGAGGGAGUUCCCCAACGGAGCGUCGGGCGUCAUGGAGAGCCUCCUCAGCGUGGCGAUGGUCUCGGGACGGCUGUUGGCGGACGAGACGGAGACGCCGCAGGGCUCGUUCAUAAGCGCUGGGCGGUCGUCCGCAGCCGGGGAGCGGGCGGCUAUGGUGAAGCAGGCGGAGGGCUAUGUACGGUCGUCCCUGAGGGCAGCGUACUUGCGAGCGGUGCGAGACGUGGAAGGGCAGCCGUCGGAUGACAAGCCGACCGUGGCAGUUCUGGCAAGGCUGGUGCGCGAGAUCGCCAAGGAGGAGGCGUCCAACUACUCGCCGGUGCUCGUGCGGUGGAACGUGAACGCCAAGGUGGUGGCGGCCGCGACGCUGCACGAGCUGUACCGCGGCGACCUCAAGCCGUUCCUCGACGGCGUCACGCAGCUCUCGGAUGACGUCACGGCCGUGCUGCCGGUCGCCGAGGCGCUCGAGGCGUUCCUCAUGGACAUGACGGCGGGCGCCGACCAGACCGACGAGGGCGCCGCGAUCCUGGAGAGCAUGCAGCCGUUCGGCGUGAACGACAUGUCCGCCACCCUGAUCGGCCGCUGGGUGAACCACCAGCUGACGGGCCUCGGCCAGAUGGUCGACCGCUCGAUCGCCGCCGAGCAAUGGGAGUCGCUCUCGCAGACGCAGCGAUACGCGCCGUCCGUCGUGGAGCUGUUCCGGAUAAUCGAGGUGACGCUGGACCAGUUCUACGCCAUGAAGCUGCCGAUGCGGUCGUCCCUGCUGCGCGGCCUCACCGUCGGCUUCGACAGCGCGCUCCAGCAGUACAUCACCAAGCUGCUCGGACAGACGGGCGACCGAGAGGACCUCAUCCCGCCUGCGCCGGCGCUGACGCGCUACAAGAAGGACGUCGUCACCAAGGCAGAGAAGGACGCGCUGGCCAGCAGCCUGAAGAAGCGGGACCCGCGGAUGCCGGACGAGGCGCGAGAGGCGCAGAUCGCGGGGCUGACGGUCACGACGCUGGGCGUGCGGCUGAACACGCUGCACUUCAUCCUGAGCCAGCUGGAGAGCCUCGAGAACAGCAUCCGCCAGCGGUGGGCCAUGAAGAACCCGCACGAGCCGCUCUCGCGAGGCCCGAGCCGCAGGGGGAGCGGCUCGGAGGAGCCCCGCAAGUCGCCGCGCCCGCGCUCCAUCUCCACGGGCUCGAACCUGGAGGACAUGCACGGCGAGUUUUUCGCGGGGACCAAAAAGGCGGCGACGGCGGCGAUCGAGCGGCUGGCCGACUUUCUGGGCACCAAGGUCGUGUUCUGGGACCUGCGCGGGAAGUUCGUAGAUGCGCUGUACAAGACGAGCGUGGCGGACUGCCGCAUGGAUAAGAUCGUGACGGAGCUGGACGCGGUGCUCUCGGAGCUGUGCGAGGUCAUUGCAGAGCCGCUGCGAGAUCGUGCCGUGCUGAGCUUGCUGCAAGCUUCGCUGGAGGGGCUUCAGAGAGUGCUUCUGGACGGCGGGCCCCUGCGCGCGUUCUCAGCCGCUGAUGGGGAGUUGCUGGAAGAGGAUCUGACGGUCCUAAAGGACUUCUUUAUUGCGGACGGCGAUGGGUUGCCACGGACCGUUGUAGAAAACUCCGCCGCAAAGACGGCGCAGAUUCUGCACCUGUUUGAGUUGCCGACGGACCAGCUCACCGAAAACUUCCAGUCGGCGAGUCGAGAGAUGGCCGGCAGCAACGGCACGGCGCAUUCGGGCACUGGUCGGAGCGCGACGGACGCUGACACGCUGUUGCGAGUGCUAUGUCAUCGUGCCGAUCGAGACGCGUCCAAGUUCCUGAAAAAGAGCUACAAGCUGCCCAAGACGGAGAGUCGAUAGAAAGAGCUCUAGAAAGCCGCGCGUCGCGUUUGGCCGUUGUAUCUUAUGCAAAAAGUUCUGUCGUUGAGAGCACUUUUGUCAGUGCAUGAGUUGUAAUAGUCCUCCUUAUGUAAGAUCUUGAAGUCCAGAAGUUACACACUAACGAGGUAACUGUCGUUGCUCACAAGGUCAGACACUCUGCCUGAUUCUGAACCUGUCUUAGUAGCUUGGCAAAAGUAGGAAAGUGUUUACGAUAAGUGGUGGAUAAAUGUAGCCUAGCCUCUGUGACGCACAUGUUGUGUCAUGCUAACACUUUUCCUCUGUUGCAUAUCUGGUCCGCAGCAGCCCCAGAAAGAGAGUAAGCGUGUGCUCAGGAUUUUGAAGACAGGUUGCAUGACAUCUAUACGGGCUGUUAGCCGAUCAGUCUAGCUCAAUGUACACCCCUGACG